UGUAGUUUGUUUAUUUAUGAUAUAAAAAUGAUAAGAGAAAAAUAAAUUUUCAGAAAAUUGUAAAAUUAAUUUUCUUCAGGUUUUAUUUUAUUUACUACGUUAAUUAGUUGAAUAUUUAAUCAUUAAAAUGUCUAAAGGUGGUAAAGGUAAUAAAGAACUCGAUACAAUCGUCAUUGAUCCGGUGCUUGAAGAAAAAGUUCGUAAAGCUAAAGAAAGAAUAUCAGAAAAUAUGCAUAUCCUCGCCAAUGAGCCAUCGCUCGCUUACUACAGAUUACAAGAAAACAUUAGGAAAUCAUUACCACACGUGGUUGAUAAACGAAUAGAAGCAGAAAAAUUGCAAAAAGAUCUACAAGGCAACAUAUACGACUUAGAAUACGCUAUCAACGAGCUGACAGCUAUGAGAAAAACACAAGAAACCUUUAAAAAUAUAUUGGAGCUUUCGAAAACUGCAUUAUUCAUGAAACAGCAAGUAAAAUAUCUGAAAACAAAAAGGAAUAAGAAAGAUCCUUCGUCUGUCUAUAAGAGGUUUUCAGCUCAUAUCACCCUCGAUUUGCCAGACCUACCGGAUGCUUUGAAAGAAACAGCGAAUAAAGUCGAGUCGAUGAUGGGUAAUUCGAGGCAUUCGACGAUGUACUGAUUUUUCACACAGUUUUGAUCGUUUUAUGAACGAUAAAAGUGCAAUAUAUUUUUUAUUAAAUUUCAUCAUGAAUUAAAUAUUAUUUCAUCGUGUAUUAA